AUGCGUUUUUUAUUAUUUGGUGUUCCUGUAGCAAUCAUUCUCAUUAUUAAUUUUAUAUUUUAUGCAUUAACUGUUCGAAAUAUUCGUCGAAUUCGUGGACAAGUCGAACGUAAAUUUCAACAAAAAAAACAAGUUGUACCUGGUGAACAUGAUGUCAAAAUUUAUAUGCGUAUGGCUGUUUUAGCUGGUUUUGGUUGGACUAUUGGUUUUAUUUUAUUUGCUUUACCUGAUAGUCAACAAGGUUUUCAAUAUUAUCUUGUAGCUAUAUUUCACUAUUUAUUUAUACUUCUUAAUGCAACACCCGGGUUAUUUAUAUUUGUUGUUUAUGUGUGCAAUCGUCGUGUUUUGUUAUUAUAUCAUGGCUUAUUGAUAAAACUAUUUCAAUUUAUUCAAUUAAAAUAUCAAAUAUGUAAAGAAUAUCUUUUAAAUCGAAGUCAAAUUUGUAUUAAUCACAUAAAAUAUCAAUUAACUAAAUUAAAAACUAUUUUUUAUAAACAAAAACAACCAGAUAUAUCAAUGCAAAUUUAUUCACAAUAUCAAAACUAUUAG